AUGUCUGUUCCAGAAAAGAUCACUGGAAUUACCAGCAUUAAAAGUGUUGGAAGUCAUUUGGAUAUAGAAGAUCAUGAGAUUGAUUUAAGAGCCGUCGCAUCUAACGCAGUAUCCCUUGGUGACGUCGGUACCUCCUUAACUAACGAUCAGAAAUGGUUCAUCUUGAAACGUUUACACUUCGACCACUUGGUGUCCUUGGCUGAAUUGCCUGUUCAAGCCUCUUUCAUGAUUGAAAAGGUCGAAGGCUUGAAAAUAGAUGAAGCUGUUAAAAUAUUGAAGGAUGCUGCUGUGGAACACCAAGAUGAUAUCAAUAUUCCUAGAGCUGAUUUAGAUUUGAUCGACGACUUGAUUGCUGGUGCUGCCUCUCACUCUUAUGUUAAUGAACCAUCUGACAUAAAGGAGAAAUUGGAUUAUGCUAUUAUUAAGGAUGAGAAGAUCAAUACGGACGAGUCCUCGGCCGAACAACCUACCGUGUUUGGUAAUAUAUAUGAUGUCGACUAUCAUCAAAUUGUUGAUUGGGAAUUGCAAGUCAGAUUAGAAGCUGCGUUGAUUGCUUAUCACUCUCCUUAUCCGGAAGUCAGAGCUGUUGUUGAACCAUACGAUGAUCCUUCUAUUCCUGUUGAGACCAUUAGAGUCUAUAUUGCUGGGAUCAUCUGGACUGCAAUUGGUGCUGUCAUCAACCAAUUCUUUGCUGAAAGACAACCUGGUAUCACGCUAGAUGCAUCUGUUGUCCAAAUCUUCCUUUAUCCUACUGGUUUGAUCUUGGAAAGAGUUUUACCUAAAUGGAAAUUCAAGAUUUGGAAAUUUACCAUGACUUGA